AUGUCUUUAUUUUACAGCUACAUUGCACGUGAUAUAUUGGAGGUGGAGCCGGUGUAUUUUCCAGAGCCGGUAAGUAUCAAUGAAGAGAAGAUGCAUCAACAACAACAACAGAAGGGGAAAACAGUCACUUCAUCCUCUCUAACAACAGCAGCUGAAAAUAAUAAUAAUAAUAAUAAUAAUAAUAAUAAUAAUAAUAAUAAUAAUAGUCAUCAUCAUAAUGGUAAUGAGAAUGAGAAUGAUAUUGAGAUAGAAGGUCAUCUUUCUAAAGAGCCAUACAAGCAAACUUUUCAUGAUAUUCUUAUGCAUAGACUAACAGAGCGAUAUGUAGGGAAAAUUGUUCCUGCCUAUGGACUUUGUGUAGCUAUUAGUGAGAUCAUGCAGUACACAUCUGGUGUUGUACGUGGAUCCGCCGCGUCUGCAUGGCUCUCUGCUCAAUUCCGUUUAUGUAUAUUCGCCCCAACUCCAGGGGCACGGCUGCGGGCAGUUAUUAGCGCACAGAAUCGUAAUGGUAUUUUUCUUUCCUUGGACUUUUUUCAAUUUAUUUUCUUUGUUCCUGGGGAACUAUUGGUAUCUCCUUCCUUCUUUCAUGAAGAAAAGAACCGCUGGGCUCUGCAAGUGGAGGGGGAUGAAGAAGAGGAAGAAGAGACAACAACAGCAGAGACCACAGGUGGACCAGCCUUUAACUAUUAUGAGAAUGGGGAUGAAGUGAUUGUUAAGGUGGAACGCGUUACGGUACGUGAGCCGGUUGAUCUUUACAAUAAUAUUGGUGCGAAGGGUCUCAAUGGCAGUGGUGGCAAUAAUAGGAUGAAUAAGAAUAAAAAUGGUGGAGUGGAUGUUUCCUUUGCGGCACAAUCACCAAUGGAAAUAGUUGGAAGUUUUGUAGGGACAGGCCUUGGUCCCGUAUUGUGGUUUGAAGAAUAA